AUGAACACUCUGCAUCGCCGUUGCUGCCGUCGGCGUCGCGCACAUUCGCCGAAGUGCGGCGCGGCGCUGUCGUGUGGUGGGGAAGCGCAUGAAUCUAUGUCUACCCGAGUGGACAGACACGUAAAAGUUCUACCAGAGCUCGGGCUGCUAAACUUGCCAGAUCACUGGAAUGAGACUUCUCGACAGACCCAAGCUCGCCAAGCCAUUGAUGCCGAGCGUCACGCGGCUCAAAGAGCUGCUGAGACCUCUCAACAGUCCCAAGCUCGCCAAAUCAUUGAUGCCGAGCGUCACGCGGAUCAAAGAGCUGCUGAGACUUCUCAACACACCCAAGCUCGCCAAAUCUUAGAUGCUGAGCAUCAAGCUUCGUACAUAGCCGCAGAGACCUCCGAAGAAACACGUAGACGACGUUUAAUUAAUGCCGAGCGGCAAGCAGAAAGGAGACGUACGUUUGCGAUGAAUACGUGGGAGAUAGAAUGGCUAAUAAAUGCAGACAAUGAGGCACUCAAGUGGAAGGAAGAGACCCUAGGUAUGUGCUGUUCUGGAGGCAAAGUAUCAGUACCAACGCUUGGUGACCCCGAGAAGCAACGACAGAAGAAAGGACAGCAAUGA